AGGUAUCGAUCGUUGAUGAGUCAAAUCCGUAAAAAAAAAAAAAAAACAGCGCAGUAGAGACAGAUGACAGGCUCCAACUUGUUGUUGGAGAAACUUCAUUAAGCAGAAAAGUCAGAAAAUAUCGAGGUGUUAGUGAAUGCUGGAGUUCUGAUAGUGAUAUGUUUUUUUUGAUAAAUUUUUUUUGGAUCCACUGAGACUGUGUUGAGAGUCGGAGACAGCUCCAGGUUUGAUUAAAUCGAAAGUAAACCAGGGAGGAAACCUAAAGACGUUCAAUAAAAACAGCUUUGCAGGCAUCUCCAAUCAGCAAUGGCCUCCUGUGAUAAUUGCACUUACUUUAUCACCACUGCAAAACCCUCGUCAUAUGGCUGGAUCAAAGCAGGAAGUAUUUGCUACAUGAUGGAGACCUUGCAUUCAACUCAAACAGACACUCUACCUGUUAUCUGUAUAGGUAACAUUAUGAAUAUGAACUUGCCAGUUGAUAUUUUGCACCCACUGACACGGCAAGAGGCCGAAUUUCUCCUGGCACUUGAACGUUUUGAAGACCGACUACAGGAAAUUGCAAAGCCUGAGAUUUUAGAGCAAGCUGUAGGAUUGAGUGUAGGCUCUGAGAUCACAGUGGAGCAAAACGGUGAGUUGCUUAAAGGUGUGGUUCGAUACAUUGGCCCACUCUUGGACUUGAAACCGGAUCCUAUUUCAGGAGCAUUUUUUGGAGUUGAACUGCAGGGCGAAGACAAGGGAAAAGGCCACACUGAUGGAAGUUACCUGUACACAUCCCUCUUUAAAUGUCAGAAAAAUUGUGGCCUUUUUGUGCCUUUUAACAGAAUCAAACCAGUGGAUCCCAAAUCAUCAGCAGCAUGGGUUGACCUCCCAGAAAAUCGCAUGCCCACAGUGUCUGUUGGAGAUCGCGUAACCUACAUUCUGGAUGACAAAAGCGACUGUCAGCAUGGGAUGGUCCUGAAUCGUUUGGAAGAUGGCAUGAUUUUGAUUUCGACCGAUACAGAUGAACAUGGUAAGAUUGGAGGAGAGAGAAAAAUUCCAUGGCACUGCGUUAUUAAAGAGGAGGUUUUAAAUACAGAUAAACCAGAAAAGAUGGACAUUUCUAAAAGUCCAGAUAUAGUGAAAGAUCCGGCUCCUGAGGUGGCUAUAAAAGUGGGUUCCACUGUGGAGGUUAAUCUGGCUAAAGGGCCUUGUUAUGCAACAGUGCGCUGGAUUGGUUUACUUCCAGAUAUGUCUGGCACCAUGGCUGGUCUUGAACUGGAAGAGGCAUGUGGGGUGAGUGACGGGACGUUCAGAGAUGUUCGGUAUUUCACCUGUCCAUCAAAGCACGGCCUCUUUAUAAAGAUUGCCUCUUGUCGGCUUGGCAAUCGCGCCCUGGGUGAGACUACAGUAGAUGGACACUUUGACCAUGAUGGGCACGAUAUACCAGCUGUCCCGCCAUUGAGUUCUGAGGAUGUGAGAACGCUUCUGAUUGGGCGGAUGAGGGGAAUUCAGGGUCACUGUAACUCCUGCUACAUGGAUGCUGCCCUCUUUAGUUUGUUUUCCUGCUCAUCAGUUCUGGACUGCCUUCUGUUUCAAAAGACGAAACCCAUUGAUGAACCCAUACAGAGAACUCUCCUUAGGGACAUUGUGUGUCCACUGCGCAGCGAGGGGUUUGUCCCUGAUCACAGUGUGAUGAAGCUUCGGAAGCAGGUGCAGGAGCGAGGCCACUGCCCAAGCUACACCACAGAUGAAAAAGAUCCGGAAGAGUUUCUCACUCUCAUCAUGCAAGAAAUUCUGUCACUGGAGCCACUACUAAAACUGAAAUCAUGUAAUCAGCCUAAAGGUUUAACAGAGAUAGAGCAGACGAGUUACUUGUACCAAAUCUUCAUGGAUUACAACCACAGUCUGGUUUUACCGACCGUUCAGCAGCUGCUGGAGCAUUCCUUCUACAACAGUGCCAUCAAACUAGCAGAGGUGCCUUCUUGCCUCAUCCUGACAAUGCCACGUUCUGGAAAGCAGUUUAAGAUGUUUCCAAAAAUUAUUCCCUCACUACAACUGGAUAUCACUGCUCUCCUGUCCAACGGUCUUCAGCAGUGUGUGCUAUGUGGACAGCUGGCCCAGGUGGAGUGUAACCAAUGCUUCAUGGAUUCUGUUUUCAGUAACACAGGAUUAAAAGUUUUCUGUGAGAUCUGUUCAGAACAGGUCCACGUUCACCCUAGCCGCCAGUCUCAUACACCCGCUUCACUGCGCCUGCCUGAAGGAUUUCCUCCAUCGCACAGUUCUGGUAGUUUAUCACUCACACCGCCUCGAGAAAAACUGGAGUUGUUCGCUGUUUUGUGCAUAGAGACCAGCCACUAUGUUUCCUUUGUCAAACACGGACCAAAGAAAACGGACUGGAUCUUUUUUGAUAGCAUGGCUGACCGUGAGGGUGAGACUUAUGGCUUCAACAUCCCGGAGGUUAAAGCAUGUCCGGAAGUGGCACGCUACCUCACUAUGACUCUAGCUGAGCUGGCUAAGCAGGUACCACGUGAAAUGGACGGUGUGGCAAAGAGACUCUUCUGUGAUGGCUAUAUGUACUUAUACCAGAGCCCCAGCAUGGCUCUGUAUCGCUGACACAAUCAAUCAGGGUUUCGAACAAACGUGCACAUGUUCAUUCCCACAGCAAACACACACAAAUUGAGAAAUACUAAAUUUAAGCUUAUAGAGGGGCGAAGAUGUUGCACAUUGGACUUUAUGGUAUUGCCUUGCUAUGUGCAUUAGACAUUAUUAAUGCUUAAUAAUGAGGUCGAAGUUGAUGUGAAUUCUUAGUGCUCCCAUUUUAUCCAGUUUCUAGAAAACAGUACCUUAACUUUAUACAUUUAUAUAGAGUUGCAUUCACUGCCUAUUUUUUCUUCGCAAGACAAUUGUAUUGUAAUGUAAUGUCAAAACCACAACAAUAAAUGGACUGGACCAGUUUGUACAAGUGGAUUGUACCAAAUCCAUACACCACCUGUACAUAUUGGCAUCACUGAAACCCAACCAAUAUCCUAAACCUGUAAAAAAAAAAAAAAAAAAAAAAUAGCCUGCUGUACCACUGCCUUUCAAAGGAAAGAAAGUCAAAAAUGAACACAAAUUGCUGUACAUUUGCUAUAAAGCUGUGGCAUCUAUAAUAAGAUCAUCCAAUUGGUGUGGUCUUGAUUGUUUUUGGUGGUGUUUUAUUUUUGGAAGAUUUUGUAAAAAAUAUUCAAUGUUAUGAACAUGUGCCUAAAAUGCGUAAUGUAUCUAAUGCAUUCACGUGUUUCUCAGGGAAUUUGCAGCUGUUUUAAUCGUUUUUGAAUGAUUUAAUAAAACUACUUUUAAAAGUG